UUGUGGUGAAGGCAUUACACUCCGAUGGGACCAUGUCAACUCGGUGUUUCUGUAGAUCACUUCAAAAAUUAUUUUUGAGAGGACAAGCAACAAGAGUAGCUCGGCUCUGCAAUUCUCUGGUCAUUAGCGAUGAAAAGCGACAAUGUACAUCGGUAUUCUUGCAAAGUAGAAAUUUUACAAAUGAAUCCAAAGGUGUCAAUAACUUCAGCCAGCGGUCUCAUAGUUGUGGAGAGUUCCGUCCCUCGCACAUUGGGGAAGAGGUCAAGAUCUGUGGGUGGGUGCAAUACAAGAGACUGAUGUUUCUGAUUGUCAGAGACUGGUCAGGAAUUGUACAAGUUCUGCUGCCCGAGAGCAUGCUAGGAGUUUUAAAAGACCUUCCAUUUGAAUCUGUUGUUGAAAUUACGGGAACUGUUCAUGCUAGAAAGGAUGGUGAAAUCAAUCAGGAAAUGGAAACAGGAGAGAUAGAAAUUCAGGCAAAGAGCAUCAAAGUUCUAAACUUUUGUCAGGAGAAGCUUCCAAUUAAUUUGAAUGUUAAUGCUGAUGAGACGAAUGAGAUGCAAAGGAUGAAGUAUCGGUAUUUAGACCUUAGAAGUGAACAGCUGCAGUUUAACCUCCGUCUCCGUUCUGUGAUGGUCAUGAAGAUGCGAGAGUUUCUGCAUAGUUACGGUUUUGUGGAUGUGGACACACCAACACUAUUUAGAAGAACUCCAGGGGGUGCAAGAGAGUUCCUUGUCCCCAGUAACUACCCAGGCAGGUUUUAUUCCCUACCACAGAGUCCUCAGCAGUUUAAGCAGUUGCUGAUGGUUGGAGGUAUGGACAGAUAUUUUCAAAUUGCCAAGUGUUACAGAGAUGAGGGCAGCAAGCCAGAUAGACAACCUGAAUUCACACAGGUUGAUAUAGAACUGUCAUUCACUACACAAGAAGAUGUCAGGAAUCUGAUAGAAAACAUGAUCCAGCAGAGCUGGCCAAGCUUCAAAGAGCAGAUAACUCUGCCCUUCCCCUCCAUGACAUAUCAUGAAGCUAUGGUACAAUAUGGCUGUGACAAACCAGACACUAGAUACAACAUGAAGCUUCACACAGUGGAUGAUUUGAUGUUAGAUUGUGGAAUACAGAAAAUAGAGGACAACAUGAAGAGGGCGGGGGCCCAUUGUGUGGCCCUGGUUGUCCCCCAAGGAUCGAUGUUUUCAAGAAAGGAGAUAGAGAAUUUGCACAUAGACCAGAAAUUCAUAUUUGUAAAAAUUGGAAAGUCUGGGGAAUUCAAAGCCAACACUAACAAAUUCAAAAGCAACACCAUGCAGAGACUGUCGUCAGAGUUAAAAGUUCAGGAAGGGGAUCUGAUGAUUAUUGUUUGUGGAGAGGGUUACGUCCCUUAUGAAGUGAGUGGAAAGAUUCGAACCAAAGCAGCAUCAUUAUUAGAGGCAAAAGGUGUGAAAUUUAUUCCUGACAACCAGUUUAACUUUUUGUGGAUUGUGGAUUUUCCAUUGUUUUUACCAGCAGAAUCAGGAGAGGGACUAGAAUCUGCGCAUCAUCCAUUCACUGCACCGCAUCCAGAGGAUGAAAAAUAUCUCAAAACAGAUCCACUGGAGAUAAGAAGUCAGCACUAUGACCUGGUGCUGAAUGGAGCAGAAAUUGGCGGCGGCUCCAUUCGUAUACAUGAUGCCGACACCCAGCGCUAUGUCUUUGAAAAUAUCUUACAGGAGGAUGCAGGACAGUUACAACAUCUGAUUGAUGCUCUGAGUUAUGGCUGCCCUCCCCAUGGAGGUAUAGCACUAGGUCUGGAGAGGAUGCUGGCGGUGAUCUGUGGAGCCAACAGUAUCCGCGAUGUCAUAGCCUUCCCCAAGACCGUGGAGGGCAGAGAUUCCAUGAGUGGCGCCCCCACAGAAAUCUCCGAGGACGAACUGGCCAAAUAUCACAUCCAAGUUGCUCCCCGUAAAACCACAGAGGAAUAAACAGGUCGACUGUCGCUACUGACAGUAUUAAAGUGCUGGGUCAAUAACAGGAAGUGAACUUUCGAUACUAUUACUCACUGAAACCAUCUGUAUUAAAAGACGCCCAUUCAAUGAGAAACAUUACUGGGGAUGAUGUUGUACCAUUAUUGAAGGAGAGGUACUACAAGUAUUUUGGGCAUGUUUUUUAUUACAUGAAAUAUUUGUUACUUUGUUGAUACAACAAAUGCUAAUUUAUUAAAAAUAAAAAAUGUUUUGUUCA